AAGGCCAAUGAACAGGGAAAAUUUGUAUUUAUUUUUUUACAAUCCACUCUAUUAGAUAAUUCGUCACAAGUUACCAAUAAUGUUUUAAAGGAAUUGGCUCCACUUUUGAAAAAGUACCAAGGUGUUUUCUGGAUGGGUGAUAUCUCCUCAAAUACCGAAGCUUUGCAAGUAGCUGAUAUGUUUAAAGUGAAACAUUGUCCUGCUUUGAUUUUUCUAUGUCUAGAUAACAACGGCAAGUUUAAAUUACAAUUUAAAGUGGAAGGAAGCACGUUAUCAGCCAAUGUGCGUUGGAAGGAAAGACUGGAAUCAAAGAUAAUGGAAUGCUAUUCACAACUUUUGAGUGUAAGGCAACAAAGAAAUGUGGUUAACGAACAAAAUAGACGAUAUGAUGAAUCAUUGAGACGUGAUCAGGAACUUGAAAGACAACAGCAGGAAGCAGUGUUAAAGGGCAAAUGGUUACGCUGGAAAAAUUCGGAAUUGAAAGCUGAGCCCAGGAGUGGCUGCAAGAUUCGUCUUACUUUUCCCGAUGGUGAAAGGAUUAUUAGAAAGUUUGAUCCAAGCUGUCCUGUCGAAGAGAUUUAUGCAUUUGUAGAGUUGCACAGAUUAAAUAUUACAGAAACAAGUCAAGAAAGGGUAGAUUAUCACUACGACUAUCCUUUUAUUUUAGCCACACCCGUUCCCAGAGCAGAGUUGAGGGAUAUCAACCAGCGUAUAUCUGAAAACAGUUCGAUAUGUCCAUCAGGGAAUUUGAUUGUAGAAAUGAACUCAUAA